GAUGUUUAAUGCGUGCAUUCUGUUUUAAAAAAUUGGUCAGCUAAACAGUCUUGGUGUGUUCUACUGGAUCUGGAAAAAGUCGCACAAAUUCGCUUUAUGGAAUCGUGAAGGGUGUGGCUUGCUCCUUUUUAACGCCGGUAACCAAGGGGGAGGCUGUUGGAGCAGCUACGGUCAGCAAGCCACCGAUCGAACCGUCAAAUUGCCCUCUGUGCUCACAUCGAGAGUCAACAGGAUGGAUGCUAGAGGGUCAAGGCAGUCUUCAUCUCACACAGGUUUCCAGGGUGCCAAGAACACAGUCCUGGGAUCUAACAAUGUCUUGUUACAAUAUAUGCUGGAGAACUCUUUGAGGGAGCACCCUUCAUUGAAGAAAAUUCGCUUGAAGACUGUAGAGCACCCUUACCACUUCAUGAUGGUAGCAUGUGAACAAGCUCAGUUGAUGGCCAACCUUGCAAAACUUAUCAAGACAAAGAAAGCACUUGAAGUUGGAGUCUAUACUGGAUAUAAUACUCUGAAUAUGGCACUUUUGUUACCAGAUGAUGGGAAGGUAGUUGCUUGUGAUGUUAAUGAAGAAUAUGCCAAUAUAGGAAAACCUAUAUGGAAAGAGGCUGGAGUUGAGCAUAAAAUUGAUUUGAGGAUUAAAGAAGCAGUUCAAACUCUAGAUGAGCUUUUAGCAGCUGGAGAGGCAGAGACAUUUGAUUUUGCCUUUAUUGAUGCUGAUAAAGAAAGUUAUGAUCAUUAUUAUGAGAAGUGUUUGAAGCUUAUUAGGAAAGGAGGAAUCAUAGCCAUUGAUAACGUGCUGCUUGGUGGCAGAGUACUAAACAGAACAAAUGACAUCUGUGGCCAAGUCCUCCAUGACCUGAACCAGAAAAUCCUCAGAGACCACAGGGUUAAUAUGAGUAUGCUUGCUGUUGGUGAUGGAUUAACUUUAGUAUUUAAAUUAUAAUCUGUGGUUUUGAAAAAUAAAACCACAACAUAGUGAUCAAAAGUUUACAAUCAAAGUUCUAUUCCUAACAGCUUUCUACUGUAAUAGCCCAACAAAUUUCUAUACUAUAACAAGCUAUCUGUCCUGAUAAAGUGCUUGUCCAGUAAAGAAAAUACUGUAGUGAACUUUUAUAUAUUUUUUUUUUACUGGUGUUUGUGUUCCAUAUUAGUAUUGAUUUUGUGGUAAAUAUUGUGAAAAUAUGUAUGGGGUUAACUGUGGCUUGAAGAAAGUCCCUGAAUUGAUUAAAUUAUUUUGAAGCUAUUAGUGUGAAGUUCUUUUCGUAUGACUUAAGAAAAAAAAAAAAUUUUGAUGAAGAAAUUUUUUAAAUAUGUUAUGUUAAUUUUAAUGUAAAUAUACUACAUUGAAAAAUCAAAGACAUGAAAAGCUUAUGUGUGUAAAUUAAUCAGAAUAAAAUGUUUAACUGUAUUUCACUAUCCAUAUUACUAAUCGAGAAUGCUAAACCGGAUGGACGCAGGGACAUCCGGCCAUGGGCCGUAGCCGCAAAAAGACGUACUGCGCAGGCGCCCCAAGAAAUGAGGCGCCGCGAGAGGCGGACAAGACCACAGAAAAAAGGAGUGAGCACAGAAAAAAGGAGUCAAACGCAGGCGACGCACACAGCGCCGCACGAGCAAAACACCCCCCACACACACACACACAAGCAACGGACGGGACACACACAAAGAGGACGAUUCAACAAGCCCCUGGCACACAAAAAAAAGAGCCCGCAAACCAUAACCCCCCCCCCCACACACACACACACACAAGCAACGGACGGGACACACACAAAGAGAAGGAUUUAAUCACAUUGCACACGAAACGGGACGCACACAAAGAGGAGGAUUCAACAAGCCACAAGCACACAAAAAAAAAAAGAAGCCGCGAGCACCACACAAGGCCCA